GGACCGCAACCCCCUCCGAGUCGCGCGCGAGGCGUGAGGCGGUGCUGAGGACCUGUGGCCGCGGGCGGGCAGCUUGACGUCGGGACUGUCCAGCGAGCGAGCGAGCGAGCGAGCGAGCGCGGCGGGAGCCCGCAGCCACAGCAGCCCCAGAGCCACAGCCAACAGCCGCAGUCCGCGGAGCCCAGCCCAGCCCAGCCGGCCAUGGCGCUGUCGAUGCCCCUGAACGGGUUGAAGGAGGAGGACAAAGAGCCCCUCAUCGAGCUCUUCGUCAAGGCUGGCAGUGAUGGCGAGAGCAUCGGCAACUGCCCCUUCUCACAGAGGCUCUUCAUGAUCCUUUGGCUCAAAGGAGUUGUGUUUAGCGUCACAACCGUCGACCUGAAAAGGAAGCCUGCAGAUCUGCAGAACUUGGCUCCCGGGACCCACCCACCGUUUAUAACCUUCAACAGCGAGGUCAAAACGGAUGUAAAUAAGAUUGAGGAAUUUCUUGAAGAAGUCUUGUGCCCCCCCAAGUACUUAAAGCUGUCACCAAAACACCCAGAGUCAAACACUGCCGGAAUGGACAUCUUUGCCAAAUUCUCUGCUUACAUCAAGAACUCGAGGCCAGAGGCUAACGAAGCGCUGGAGAGGGGGCUCCUGAAGACACUGCAGAAGCUGGAUGAGUAUCUGAACUCUCCCCUUCCCGAUGAGAUCGACGAGAACAGCAUGGAGGAUAUCAAGUUCUCCACCAGGAGAUUCCUGGAUGGCGACGAGAUGACACUAGCGGACUGCAACCUGCUGCCCAAGCUACACAUCGUCAAGGUGGUGGCCAAAAAAUACCGCAACUUCGAUAUUCCCAAAGAAAUGACGGGCAUCUGGAGGUACCUGACAAAUGCCUACAGCAGGGAUGAGUUCACCAAUACCUGUCCCAGCGACAAGGAGGUGGAAAUCGCUUACAGUGAUGUCGCCAAGAGACUUGCCAAGUAGACAGCACUUUUGAGAGCGAUGCCUUCAGAUUCCCCCCAAAUACGCUUUCCUAACAGACUGCUCUGCCUCCUCUAAAGUAGAAGUGUAUUUUGCAUGAACAUGCAGUUACUCAAGACUAGGAUUAAAGCUAGACAAAGUGUAGUAGUCAUCUCCAGUACACACUCCUAAGCAGUAUUAUUCUAAAGUCCUCUGCCCAGCCCACCUGCCCUGCCCGACGGAGGUACUCCGCCACCAGCACAUGAGAGGCAGUUUGCCAUCAGUCUGGAGCCCCGACCUUCAUGUCCAUUCCCUGCGUGUAGGUGACAGAAUUUGAGGUGCAAUGUUCAACCAUUAGAAUAGUAGCCAUGACAACAGUGGCCCCACGCUGGUGUAUAAUGCAUGGUACAAAGAAUAUUUAUGUAUGGGGGAGAGUUGUAGUACUGAAUAGCGGAUAUGGGAGGAUUGCUGUUGUGUUGGACACACUGUCUCAGUGUAGGCUGUGCUGGAGUGUGCUGUCUGGGAAGACCACCUUCUGCAGAGAGAUUGCUGGUUUCUUGGUAGAAGCUUAAUUUUACCUAAAAUGUGUCAUUUGUAUAAAUUGUAACAUCUGAUACUAUGUAGAAACUGAGAGACUGAGUUCUGGGAAGGCACUCUCGAUGAUAAGAUGGGUGGGUUCUGUCUUACGAUAUCUGCUCUGUGGGUUCACCCAGGACCAUGCUUACGUUUGCAGCAGUAUUGCUGCCUCCAUUGUUAACAGGCUGUUUCUCUCUCUCUCUCUCUCUCUCUCUCUCUCUCUCUCUCUCUCUCUCUCUCUCUCAAGUUCAUGGGGUUCAGGGUGAGCUUAUUGAAGUCAAGUACACUUAACUCCUAAAGCAGGGUCUCUGGGGGACGGGGUGAAGAACGCAUCAUCUGGCCUAUCGUAAACUCCCAUGAAGCACAGGUCACAUGCUCCCAUCUCACCUCCAUUGCAUUAGACCAAGUGGGAGGUCCUUCUUGGGAUACAUUGUGGUUGUCAUAGUGUGGAUUUCCCACAGUUGUGCCUAAUGUCACUUGCCACGCCAAGGAAACACUCUGUUCUUUUCUUGCCCUUUGUUCUGAGAUGAGAUGUUUCUCUGAAGGCCUGGUUGGCCUGGGACUUGAGAGGUGAACGAAUUGGCCUCAAAGUUGUAGCAAUCCUCCUGCAUUUUCCUCCCAAAUGCUGGGAUUAUGAGCCUGCACCAUCACGUCUGGCUUGUUUUCUCAUUUUUUAAACAAAGUCUAAGAUGAAAGAGAAUGAGUUUGGUCCCACCCAAACAAAGUGGACUUUCUACAUAGUACCCCAGAGCCUGGUUGUGACUUUGUUAUAUUUUUGGUGUUUUUUUUUUUUUUUUUUUUUUAAUGUAACUUGUUGAAGAAGUCCUGUUUCUCGCAGGCUUUCCGUCCCACAGUGCACCGCUUUAAGGUGGCCUGCUUUCCCCUUUGGUGUGCAGACAGUAAAUAAAUAAAAGUCGGCUCUGCGGAAGUGUUCUGACUCAUAAGCAGCCCCUUUUCAAACUUACCAGGGAUUCUCUUAGCACGGGGACAAGCUUUCGAGCGCACGCACCCCUGUGGCUCAGGGAGAUGCCUUGGCCACGGCUUCACCCUUAUUGCUGAUCAGGGUGUGGCACCAUCACUGUGCAGACACUGGGUGGUGAUGUCUGGUUCCGGAGGGGGGUGGGACGUAGGACGACACUAUCUUUUCUCCUUUGAGAAAUGGUCCUGCCGUGUCUCAAUGGGCAGAAGUGUCCCAACUUUACAGAGUGACAGCUUGUCCUUGGGUGGGGUUGCAUCUUUCAUGAGGAAGAUUCCAGAGAACGAAUGCCUCUUCUUUCUGCAAGUGGACGGAGUUAGUGGGGGCUCCCACCAGAGGCUGUGGCUGACGUGCCUACCCUUGGGUGUUUCUUCGUGGCUUCCUAAUUUGCCUCCUGGUUGCUCUUGCUGUCUCUAGUUGUCCAUCCAAGGAAGGGAAGCCUGCCUUGGUUUUGACAAAGGCAGAGCUGUUUUUCUCUGUGGAGCCAGUUUUAGAUGAAGAAAAGUCAAACAAAUUUGAGUUUGACAAAAGGACAGAAGCUGUAAGGAGGAAGGGCCACAGCAAGCACCUUCAGCUCCAUCUGUGCAAAGAUCGUGGCUAAAACCUUGAGGUUUGAGAUGCUGAAAUGUGACGUUUCCAUGCAGUUGGUGCGGUGUGGGGGCUGAAUCCAGGAGCCAUCUAGUCUCACGUCCACACCUCCUGAGUGGAGUCUCCCUGCUCCUCAGUGGAUCCUGAGGAACUGUUGUAAUUAUUAUAACUUCCUUUGUUCUCUAGCUACGGAUCUUGAGUACAAUGCAAAUAAGAUUUUCUCGUAAUAUUAGCUUUCAUAGCUCUAAAGUAUUGAGCAGUUUGCAUACCAUUAAGAGACUGAGGGGUUUGGACACUCGGUGGGUGGGUCAGCGCUAGGACUUAGGCUUUUGUACUUCAACUGAGUUAGUUUUCUGGGACCUCACCAGAGGCGCGCAUGGAGAUAGGUUUUAUGUCUUCAUGCUUUUUU